CUUUUCUUUCAGGCUGUGCCAGGAUGAUGCUUGGCAGGAGCUUUUGGGGGAUGUGGGGAGGAGGUGUUGAGCACUGGACCCCUACAAACGCCCGGCCCACAUGGUGGAGCUGAGUGGUGCUUCCCCCAUUUCCCUGCACCCCAGUCCUGCCCCAAAAUUCCAUCCCGGUCUCAACGCUGGGUGCUUUCAGCUUAUUUCCAGGAUAUUCCCUCUAGCCCAGAGGCAAGGAGCCCAGAGAAGAGCCCCUUUUGUGGUGGGUCUGGCAUCACUCUGGAAAGGAGGCAAUGGGGAUGCAGCUGCCCAAGGUUAUCCUCAAGAUCAAGGCUGCAGUCAGGGGGUCCUGGGGACUGCCCAGUGCUGUACAGCCCCAUGGAGUGGGGUUAUUCUCUCCCCGAAUCCUUUUAUAUCCCCCCCAAAUUGGGGUUCUCCUGGACCAGGGGAUGUGGAGGAGCUGGAGGUAGAGGAGUGUGCUGGGUGGCUGUGGGGGAAACUAUGGCAGCUUCAUCCCUGGAUUCCCCUGUGGACAGUUCCCAGUGCCAGGAGCAUUCAGAAAAGCCGCCAGAAAAUGAUGCUUUGGAUGAGGAAAACAUUUGAAGAGGCUCCAGGUGCAGGGAUCAUUUUGAGAGCCUCACCAAGGGGGGAAACUGAGGCAGGGAAGUUAAGCCCUGUCUGAGCCCUCUCCCCGAUGUCUGCAGGAAAUGGCUGUGGCCACACACUGCUGACACCCCACAGUGGCACCCUGAGCUCCAAGAACUACCCAGGCACGUAUCCCAACAACACCAUGUGCUGCUGGCGGCUCCAAGCCCCCCCAGGCACAUCUCUACUCCUGGCAUUCGGGGAUGUGGAUCUGGAGCCCUCCGAGCACUGUGCCCUCAGCUCCUUGUUGCUCACUGACCCCCAGACCGGCACUGCCUAUGGGCCCUACUGCAGGAACUCCAUCCCUUCUGCCCCACUCCUGGUGACAAACUCCAGCACUGUGACCGUCCUGUUCAACAGCACCAGCCACCGUUCGGGACGAGGCCUCCUCCUGUCCUAUGCAACCUCGCAGCACCCAGACCUGGUCUCCUGCCUGGUUCGAGGCACCCACUACACCCAGGAGCAUGUCAGUGUGUACUGCCCUGCAGGCUGCAAAGACAUCCAUGGGGACAUCUGGGGCAACCCAAGCCAGGGCUACCGGGAUACAUCAGUGCUAUGCAAGGCAGCCGUGCAUGCUGGGGUGAUUGCGGAUGAGCUGGGCGGGCAGGUCACCCUGUCCCGGGAGAAGGGGAUCACGCUCUAUGAGUCGGCCUUUGCCAACGGGCUCCAUUCCAAAAGGGGAUCUCUCUCCGAGAAGCGACUCAUAUUUCACAAAGCCUGUGAUGGUGUCCUGGAGGUGAUGACCUUCAAUGCCUCAUCCUGGUGGCACGAGGUGGGCGUGCUGGGCCAGGACCGAGCCUGGGUGGCUGAACGGGCAGCACUCAGCACCACUGGCCACUCCUGGGCGGCCGAACCUGAUGCCGAGGCUGCCUGGCUGGAGCUGGACCUGGGCAUCCGAAGGAAUGUCACAGGCAUCAUCACAAAGGGCUCCUCUGAGCAGCACGACUACUAUGUGACAUCCUACCAUGUCUCCUCUAGCCGCGAUGGGAAGAAUUGGAGACCCUACAGAGGCAGCAGUGGCCAGGAGGAGAAGGUGUUUGAAGGAAAUGCUGACAGCCAGGGGGAGGUCUCCAACGCCUUCAUCCCCCCCAUCAUCGCCCGCUACAUCCGUGUCAUGCCACAGAGCUGGCAUCAGCGCAUGGCCCUGAAAGUUGCUCUGGUGGGCUGCCACGUGGCACGGGUCCGCGCACCUCGGCCCUAUGUGCCCAGUGUCCCCAAGGAGGUCCUUGAACCCACCAGCUGCCCAGCCAGCCGCACCCCCAUACCUGGCAUCGCCCUGGACCCAGAGAAGGCAGGCUCCACACUGCUGGUGAUGCUGCUUAUUGGUGGUUUUGUGCUCUUCUGCUCCUGCCUCCUGCUCCUGGCUUUUCUCUGCCACAGGAAGAGGAAGUCAGCAGCGGAGCUGAAGUGUGGGAUCACGAAAGGGGCAUCUGCACGUCCAGGUGACAGCCUUUGACAACUGAGCGUUUCAUCUCCCUGCC